AUGGUUAAGGCAUGGAACUUGAACCAAUUCAAGAUUGAGGCUGAUUUCAUUGGUCACAACAACUACGUCAACACCAUCACUGCUUCCCCAGAUGGAUCUUUGAUCGCUUCUGCUGGUAAAGAUGGUGAAAUUAUGCUAUGGAAUUUGUCUGCUAAGGCCCCAAUGCACACCUUCUCUGCUCAGGAUGAAGUCUUCGCUUUGGCUUUCUCACCAAACAGAUACUGGUUAAGUGCUGCUACCUCUUCCGGUAUCAAGAUCUUCUGCCUAGAUCCAAAAUCUUUGGUUGAUGAAUUGAAACCGGAAUUCGCUGGUUACACCAAGGCAGCCGAACCACAUGCUAUCUCCUUGGCUUGGUCCGCUGACGGUCAAACUUUGUUUGCUGGUUACACCGACAACGUCAUCAGAGUUUGGCAAGUUAUGACUGCUAACUGA